AUGGCGCCUCUUGUCCCGUCGCAGGAGGAGCUGCAACGUCGCCGUAUCAUCGGCAUCAACGCAGAGACUGUCACUAACAUUCCUUCCACGGAUUUUCCCGGACAUUGGCCUGGGGAGUCGCACGGUUGGGCCCUUGAUCAAUUCAAGCAAGAUUUCAAGGUCGAAUAUCACCGCAAUGACCGGUACGAAGCCUCAUUCUCCCUCAUCGGGCUGGAUGCUGCUGUCGCCAAUGCCUUCCGCCGAAUUCUGAUGAACGAAAUCCCCACCCUGGCCAUCGAGACCGUCUACGUUCAUGAUAACACCUCCGUUAUUCAAGACGAGGUUCUUGCACAGCGUCUCGGUCUCAUCCCACUUACCGGUUCUGUGGAAGGAAUCAACUGGAUGCGCUGGGAGCAGAAGAUUCCCGGAGAUGAUGCUCCGGAAGUUGAGCUUACCGAUUUCAAUACCGUUGUUGGACAACUCAGUAUAGAGUGCACCCAGAACUUUGACGCCGCGAACAAUGAGACGGACGCUCGCAAACUUUACCACAAUGCCCACGUCUACGCCAAACACCUCAGCUUCGGCCCGGUGGGUCGCCAAAGUGAGUUUUUCGUCGAUGACGGUGCCAUUCGCCCCGUGCACCCCGACAUUCUGAUCGCCAAGCUGCGCCCCGGUCAAAGGAUCGAAAUGGAACUUCACUGUGUCAAGGGUAUUGGUGCCGACCACGCCAAGUUCUCUCCUGUUGCUACCGCCUCCUACCGUCUUUUGCCAGAUAUCAAGAUCCUGAGUCCCAUUAUCGGUGAGGACGCAAAGAAAUUCGCCAAGUGCUUUCCCAAGGGCGUCAUCGGCCUCGAGCCAAUCACUGCACAGGAGGCCGCUAAGGAAAGUGGUUACCAGGGACAUACAGGCGAGUUGAAGGCAGUCGUGAAAGAUGCUUUCAAUGAUACCGUUAGCCGCGAGUGUCUGCGCCAUGAGGAGUUCAAUGGUAAGGUGAAACUGGGUCGUGUGCGUGAUCAUUUCAUCUUCAACGUGGAGAGCACUGGUCAAUUUGAGAGCGAUACCCUCUUCCUUGAGUCCGUCAAGGUUCUGAAGCUUAAAUGCGCCCGGUGGAAGCGGGGUUUGAGUGAUCUGAUGGCUUAG